AUGGAAGACACAGCGGGUCUACUUACAGCAGAGCUCAAUGACCUUUUCGAGAGAAUUGGGCUCGUUCUCAACAAGAUAGAGACGAAACUACCUCCUGAAGAAUGCACGAAAUGUGUUCAGGGUCUGCCAGCGCCCAGUUUGCUGGUUUUCUCGAGACUCCUCCUCAUGAUGGGCAAACGUCUACAAAACGAGCCAAUUCACAUACCAACUGAUAAAAGUAAUGCUGCACUCAACUGCCAUCACGAGAGCCCAGCGGUGGUUAACAAUGCUCGUGAAGAUCUAUGCCCACCUGGCGAUCGCGGCGAGGACCCGUCACCAGUUAACCACAAUGAUACACUAUCAAAUGAGGCCUCCCAUUUCGACCAUGGCGGUACUGUCGACCAUCGUCAAUCCCAUCGCAACUCUAGCAACCCUGAUCAAAGAAUCGACCUCUAUCGCCCCUUUUCAAUAUCGACUAGCCUUCACAACGCCCUCAUCAAACAUCAGGGGAACCCACAAUCCUUUUUUAAGUCAACUCAUCGUAUUGGAGUCCAAGUCGCAGGUGGAUUGACAGGUGCAUUUUUUCGUCUACACCAAAAAUGUGACGAUAUUCAAGAUGAGAAGAUUCGUGACAUCUAUCUUCAAAUGCAUCUCCUAUAUCGACGGCUUGAAUUCCGGAACCUGUUCCUUUUGGCAAAAGAACUUGGGUAUCAUACUGGAGACAGAUGGCGUAGGGAUGCUUGUCUACAACUCGCAGCGCAGAUAAAACAAAAGCAUCCCUCCUUAGAUGCAGACGAACUGCUUGAAGAGUAUGUUCGGCUUGGUCGUGCGUACAACAAGUGGGCCGAAGAGUUAGGCGGACCCGGGUACUUGCUUAUAUUACCUUUGACAGUCACAGAAUACCAAUACACUGGCAGGGAAUUUUCCCGAUAUUUCUCCUCCGCUGUCGACAGUCUCCGUGAAAAUGGCAUUGACAACGCUGUCACAAGCAAUGGACUCGAUGUGUUAGGAAAAAAGAUAGCUGACGAGCUUUGGGCAAGGUCCCAAGAGACAGAAGGCUCGCUCAAGCGACCUCCCACGAAGUCAGCACUGAGGAACAAGAGGAAGAGAGAGGCGAAGGUGAACGAAAUUAACCAAAACGAGGGUAAACGGCGCCAAAUACCUCGGCAGGAGUUUAGAAACACUCGAUCUCCGGUUGUUGGUACACCCAGUAUUGAUUGUCCACUAGACGAACAAGGAUAUCAUCACCGGCCUGAGGCUUCGAUGGAUCGCUCAGUAAUCGUUUCUUUGGACACCGAAGAUCCUAGGUCUCCAGCUUUCCUAGGUCUUGAUAUUUCGCUUGACACCUUGACGUCGCUCAUACCCGGUGGAGAUGCGGACUUCCCUGAUACAAUUGAUAUGAUGGCACCGCUCAUACCUGGUGGGGAUGCGGACUUCCCUGAUACAAUUGAUAUGAUGGCACCGCUCAUACCUGGUGGGGAUGCGGACUUCCCUGAUACGAUUGAUAUGAUGGCACCGCUCAUACCUGGUGGGGAUGCGGACUUCCCUGAUACGAUUGAUAUGAUGGCACCGCUCAUGUCCGUCGGAAAUGCGGACUUCCCUGACAUGAGUAAUACGAUGAGACCACGAUAUCUCGAGGCAAUAAGACCGCUUGCCACUGACAUACAUGCGAAGAGUUUUCACCCGGAUGUCGCGCUAUGUCAUUGUCCUGGGGAAAACGAGCACGAUGAGACAGUCUACCUGUGCAUCAAGGACUAA